AUGGCCCGAACCGAAAGAGAUGCUAGACGCGAAUGGAGCCGCGACGAAUACGAACAGCACUGGAAGGAGUCUCGCCUGUCCCUCCCGCCCGUUAUACGUAUCCCCGCCGCCACCGCUGCAGCCUUCGGUGUCGGCAUGGCGUUGGGCGUCGCCCACGGCAGCCAGACGGCCGGCCUGCGGUUCCGUGCCGAGCACGCUCACAAGCUCCCCACCAACACGACUGGCUGGUACCUAUAUCACAAGAGCAAGAACUACAAUAUGGCACUCGCCGGCCUGAAGGAGGGAAUCAAGGUCGGCGCGAAGCUUGGGCUACUGAGUGCGUCUAUGUUCUGCGCCGAGAACCUAUUCGAUGUCUACCGAGGAAAGAAGGACUUUCUCAGCACCGGCAUGGCCAGUCUAGCCGUAGCCGGCGGCUUCAGUUUCUGGAAUCGGUUUUCGGCCCCCGAGACGGCGAGGACCGCAAGGAAGGGUCUCGCAUUUGGGCUGGCGUACGGUCUGGUUCAGGACGCCGUCUCCCUUGCUAAAGGCCGACCCGUCGGGUAUGUCGAGUCUAUCCGCAGACAUAUCGGAAAAGCCACCCAGAGUGACGAGAGAACAACAUGA